UAACAGAGGCAACGACACGCUGAGAUUUCGCUGUGGAGGAAGUUGAGGGAAAAGAUGAGGAAAAGGUAAAAUCUGUGGGGAGCCGCCGCUUUGCGAGUCUAUCCAGAAACGCCAAGAAUGGAUGGUUCUAUUCUGCUGGUGCUGAUGCUCACGUACCUGUGCCAGUGGACGCCAUGAUAACUGAUGUUGAAGAGAGAUUUCGCAGUGACCUUGUCGGACAGUCUUUUGGAUUCAGGAUACUGAGUAUUUUGAGUUGGCUACAAUGCUCCCUUUCUUUCUUGCCCCCCCGCCGGCAAUUCCUUGGGGAUUCUCGUCGGCAAUGCCACCCCCAACCAUGCAAACAAUGCAAACACCCCAACUCACCGGACACCCAAAGGCGCCAUCGGUCACAUUUUGGUCGAAUUAGACCUCUAGAGAUAGGCAGAUCAGCAGCUAGGGGAGAUGCAUAUACUACAUUGCUAACCAAUUUGCACCAGAUAAGGGUGCAUCCAGGGGGACUACUAUACGACUUGGUGGUGGCCUUCCCUUCGGCCGUGCAGGCACCCGCCUCCCUUGUUGAGACGCUCGGCAAUCCCCGGCGUCACGUGUGGAUGGGGUGUCCGCUUUUUGCCGUUCAACCCCCAACAGUCGAGACUGGGUCGACAAUGCUGUCUCGAGGAGAAACCGGUUAGUAGUGAUCACAUUGGAGUGAUCAAGGCACCUAGCGGAUAUGAUGGGAUUCUGUGUGGCUGUAAUGGUCACUCGGAGGGUGUCUACAGUAGUUUGUA